CCAUUACUAGUUACUUCCCCUGUCUGUCAAGAUGUGGACUUUUCCAAAAGUUUUACGAACAUGCGCUAAUUCAAUACUAAAAACAAAAGGCAAUGUGUGUCCCACUCCAAGAGCGGCUGAAAUGGCAGUGUCAAAGCGUUGUAUCACAUCAUCCGUUGUUCAUUGCCAACUUUCCACUAAUAGAGAAAGACAACAGACAGGAGUGAUUGUGUCAGAUGCAGUUAACAGACUUGAUCCCCUCGAGCACUACGACUAUUUCAAUGUUCGAAAUCUCGUGGAAGUUGGAAAUAUGUUUAAUGCUUUCUGUCAUUAUGGACAUCACCAAGACUGCAGGAAUGAGUUCAUGGCUCCUUACUUAUUCGGUACACGUUACAGCACAGACAUUUUUGACCUAGAUAAGACUGUUCCUCUCUUUCAAGAUGCUUUGAACUUCCUAGCACACAUUGUUUACAGGGGCGGGAUUGUUCUGUUCAUCUCAAGACAGAAGCUGACAAUGCCUUUGAUAGAAAGCAUGGCAAAACGCUGUGGAGAAUACGCACACUGUAGGUAUUGGAAUCCAGAGUUGUUCACAAACACCAGGCAUGCAGUAGGCUUUCCGACUCGAUUGCCAGACAUCUGUGUGUUGUUAGGUAGUCAGAAUAGUGCUUUUCAGGCUCACAAAGCGGUGAUUGACUCUGCCAAACUGCUGAUUCCGACCAUCGGCAUUGUGGAUUCUAACUGUGACCCUCGUUUGAUCACGUACCCUAUACCUGCUAAUGAUGACACAUUCUCAUCUGUACAAUAUUAUCUGGAGGUGUUUGAAGAAACAGUGAAAAGAGCGAAACAGAAAAGAAAAGAAGAUUUUAGCACAGAUGUUCAGGAAUAGCAUGUUUUUCUGAAUUGAUAAAUGUUCCAGUAGUAUGUGAAGAUUCAUGAUAACAGUUAACAGAAGAAUCAUAGUUUUUAUACUAAUUACCCAUCAAUAAAGAAAUGUGUUGAUAGGAUAAUGUUAUUGCAAGUUUAUUGAGAAAAAUAUUGUUUCUUGCAUAGUAAAGAACAUUGUAAAAUGUAAAAUUGUACUUGUAUAUUUUUAUGCCCCCACAAAGUGGCGGCAUAUAGGGUUGCCCUUGUCCGUACGUACGUCUGUCUGUCUGUACGUACGUACGUCCCGAAGAUUGUUUCAGAUCUAAUUCUUGAAAACCGUUUGUCCAAUCCUCACCAAACUUUAAACACAUGUUUGUGACCAUAAUAUCUUGAUCAAGUUCGAUAGUCAUGGAAAUCGCUUUAGUCAUUUAGGAGUUACGGCCCUUUUUUGCCAAAAAUACUUCAAAAAUAUAUGUUUCCAAUCUAAUUCUUGAAAACUGUUUUUCCAAUCCUCACCAAACUUUAAACACAUGUUUGUGACCAUAAUAUCUUGAUCAAGUUCGAUAGUCAUGGAAAUCGCUUUAGUCAUUUAGGAGUUACGGCCCUUUUUUGCCAAAAGUACUUCAAAAAUAUAUGUUUCCAAUCUAAUUCUUGAAAAGUAUGUGUCCAAUGUGGAUCCAACAAGUUUUUUCCUGCCUGAAUGGCGCCAUAUAACCUAUACAGUCUUGCGAUGCCGUAAAACCCAACUCAACUCAACUUAUCCUAUAUGUGCAGAUUAUCCUGAAUAAUCAUUAUGGCUUAUUUUCUGUGACAAAAAAUCGAAGUGGGGGCAUCCGUGUCCUAUGGACACAUUUCUAGUUUAUACCUGAUCCAAGUUUCAGUUUUUCAAACAUGUUCAAGUUCACCGAGUCAAUUCACUGUGUACAUUUAAUUCUUUUACCAGGUUAUUAAAUAUGCUAAAAACAGUUUGAGUAUACUUAAAGAUUUGGGUUUAACAAGUUGUUUUUCUCAACUUUUUUACCAAAAAUUGGUAUGAGUAUAUUAAAUUUUGAUUCUAAUAGUCACUUUCAUUUAAAAGGUACUUGCUCAUGUUUUGGCAACUGUUUUCUUGGUAAUACAUAGAAGAACUAUUUUAUUCUCUGAUAAUGAAAUUGCAGACAAUAAUACACUUAAGGAAUAAAGGAACAUUCUGGUUUUUGUUAGCUGCGAACCCACUGCCGUUACCUAAAUCUCAGAACCUAAUUAUGUUAAUUGCAUAACAAACAUUACUUCAAAGAUAAAAUUUGAACAUAGAUUAAUAUUUGUUGAAUGUUUCAGUCAUCAGUAUCAUAGUUUUAACACUCUUAGUGAUUUUCCACACUUUAUUUCGUCAUAAAAAAAAUAAAGAAAAUAAAAAAUGCAUUUUACAAAACAUGAGCAAGUCCCUUUAACACUAAAAAUUCAUGUAGUACAUCAAUAAAAUGUUAACUGCCUAAAGGUUUUUUCCAUUCAUAAGAUGAUGAUAUUUAAAUAAAAAUUCCGGGAUAACUCGAAAACAUCUGUCAGUCAAGUCUUGUUAAAAAAAGCAAGUAAGUCAAACUUUCAGGUAUCCUUUGUUCUAUCAUGUGUUUUUCUUAUGCCUGAUGAUCCCAUUAUUGUGGAACCUU